UCCAAAGCUCUGCGUCCACAACCGCAGUCGCCUUUUACGCACCAGCGAGUGGACAAUAGUGCCGGAAACCCGCUCUCCUUUCGCCCUACAUUGCUCAUAUUAUUAUUUAAUUAUAUUGGACUUACCUUUACAACAUUUGUGGAGCUACUCACUUGCUUUGGACUGCGCGCAAACGUCGUGCACAACGAAGAGAUGAAAUUUUUAUCCUGAAACCACAUAUUGCUAAAUGCUGCUUUAGAGUGAAGACGUGCAAGGCACCAGCCUACACAUGGAGUCCAGGGUUCCCCACCACAUCCCCGGAGUGUCCUCCUCCCUCAUAUCCCAGCCCCUGCUGGACAGUCGAGUGCCCUACGGCCGCCUGCAGCACCCUCUCACCAUCUACCCCAUCGACCAGAUAAAGUCCUCGCAUGUGGAGAACGACUACAUUGACAGCCCCGCUGUUGUCUCCCAGCAGCCACCGAGCCAGAAGUCCCUGAACCGAAGAAUCACUUGGCUUGGUCAAAAUCAGGAGGCCUUCCUGGGGGCAAACCACAACCAUCAUCACAAUCACCAACACCAGCACCACCAGCAGGGCAGGUGCGAGUCCCACCCUCACCAGGACACAACCACCCACCCUUGGAUUUCCUUCAGCGGGAGGCCCAGCUCUAUCAGCAGCAGCAGCAGCACCUCGUCUGAUCAGAGGCUCCUCGACCACGCUGCACCCACCCCAACGGUGGACCACCACCCAAACCUACACCCCAACCAGGGCCCCGUAAACACAAUCACUUCCCGAACUCCAGGCUGCUUCACUUCCUCUGAAUCAAAAGUCCUCACCUCCUCUUCCUCUGCUUCCUCCUGCUCCUCCUCCUCUAAAUCGCUGGACCUCAAGUCGGCAAAGAUGCCCACAGGAGGUGUGUGCACCACUGGAGGCCAGCAGGGGUUGGCGGUGAUUCCUUCCUCCCCAGCUGAGAAGAAGCACCUCCUCCUCUGCGAGCACUGCGGAAAGUGCAGAUGCACAGAGUGUACGCUCCCCCGAACCCUACCCUCUUGCUGGGUCUGCAACCAGGAGUGCCUGUGCUCUGCUCAGAGCCUGGUGGAUACAGCCACCUGCAUGUGCCUGGUCAAAGGGAUCUUCUACCACUGCACCGAGGAUGAGGAUGACGAGGGCUCCUGUGCUGACAAGCCCUGCUCAUGCUCCCAGGCCAACUGCUGCGCACGCUGGUCCUUCAUGGCUGCCCUUUCUGUUGUCCUGCCUUGCCUGGUUUGCUAUCUGCCAGCUACGGGCCUGGCCAAACUGGGACAGAAGUGUUACGACAAUGUUAGCAGGCCCGGCUGCCGCUGCAAGAACUCGCAGGGUGCACCUGUGUGUAAAAACGGAGGUGUGGAAGCAAAAGUUGGGUCGCUAGAGAAGCCGCAGCAGGGUUCAUGAUACUGGACCAAAUAGGCUGGCAAUGGCCUUUCUGAAAAUGGACAGGACCACACAGUACUUGCUUGCUCUCUAUGGAUAGGACAAUCCAACUCCAACCCCUUAAACUACCACAUUAAUCUGCUGGAAGAUGACUUAUGUAAAACAAAGGUACUUAAAUGGCUUCUUGACCUAUGGUUGAUAGGGUGGAUGAUCAACAGGGGCCUGAUCUGAGUGAGCUGGCUAAUAGGAAUAGCUAACAGGCCCUCUGAGGUGUUUUUUUUUGUAAGAGUGACACAGGAAGAAGAGACUAGAUUGUGGGACUGGUGUUUGUGUUGUUUUGCAAAGAUGGCUGAAGGCACAAAGUCAUUGUACCUCUCUGCUGCUCUGUAUUUCUCAGCUAAUUUUGUAACAGUAACUAACAAGAAGCUGGUUGCUGAUCCUCGGAUAACAUAAAUGUUACUUAAUGGUGAUAAACAUCUGUACACCCACACCCAGAAGCACAGCACAGUGUCCCUCUUUCUGAACAAAAACAAGUGAUUACCUAUACUGUGGCUUUAUGAUAGGCCACUUCAAGAGUGAAACUACCACUUUCUCACUCACUCUCUCCACUGUUAUGAUGAACACAUCUGUUAGUGGUACCAUUUUUUCUCUUUUAGCUUAAAGAUGCUAGCUUGGAAAUGCUAACAUUGUAUCUCUACAUUUUUAUCUCCCCAGAGAAGCUGUAAAACCAACCCAUUUGAGACUUUAGAAUGAUAAUAAUUUCCCAUGGUUCUCACUCUGUCUUGUGCAAAAGCAGUUGUACUGCAAGUCCGAAAGCGAUAAUCACUUUAGAGUGUGUUUCCUAUUUUUGGGGAGGUGAAGCCCAGACCUUCUAAAAUAUUUUGAAUGCUGUUCACCAAUCACCUCAGAGGUAAUGCAUGUCAUGACCUGCAUGCUCUAGUCUAAUGGUUACCCACCGUGCUAGAAGUCGAUGUGUUGUAGAGAAACGUGUGAAAAAAAGUACACCCAACCUUCUCAGGGACUGUUAUAGUAAUCCUCUCCAGAACUUGGCCUACAGCAUGUUGAUUCCUAAACUGCCUAAGAGCCUGGUCUACUUCCUCUUUGCACAAGAAGGCAAAGAAACAUUUAGGGGCAAAAAGGCAAUAGUGAAUAAUUUAAAACAAGUAAGCUAAGUGAGAGAGAAGCUGGCCAGAAGAUAAUAUUUUCGGAGGAGAGGGGUUGCAACUGAUAGAGAGCAAAUAGGGGGAGAGAAGGCAUAGCAAAGUUGUUGUUGUGUUAAUAUCUAGUCAGCCUUUGUCAAAAUCAAACCUGCCACUUGCACAACCUUUUUAGGAAGACGCAACCUCCUAAAAGGAUGUACUAAAGCACAGUAUUAACCACCUCAGCUAUCUCACAUUACGUUUUUCAUGCACUACAUUUAGUUAGUCCACACACCCCAGCCCACCUCUACACACACACACACACACACACACACACACACACACACACACACACACACACACACACACACACACACACAGUGUCUUCAUGAAAGUCUUAUCAUUAUGCUGCAUAGCUGCGUUAAUCAGAUAGUCUGUCUUUUAUUCUUAAAGUCUAUUUUUGUGGCUUGCAUGACAUUCUUAGGACUUUGCCAAAGGAAGCUAACAUACAGUAGCUUGUUUUUCACUGUCUGAGUGAUCACAGUUGUUAUGCACUCUUGCCAAAUGGAGUUGACGGCAGUUGGUUCUUAAAGGAAUGCUGCCCUUUAAUACAGAUGGCCUUUUCUGUUUGGCAUAAAGGCAUACUGUCUUUGUUGCUUCAUAAGACACACCUCUCUUUCAUGUUGGACCCUUAACUUCCAUUAGGGCGCCUAACUUUGCUCAUACCUGUAUUUGUCUUGUUGCACAAAGCUGAUUUCACACAGGAAAAAAAGGAAAGAAAAAAACACACUGUCCUUAGUCUUGAAUGUAUGAGGCAAUAUUUUCAAAACCUAGCAAUUCAGUCUGAGAGAAAGGUGCCAAAACUGAGAAUGAUUAUGUGACUGGGCAAAGGCCUAGUAGUUGUAGCUGGGCGACAAAAAUCACAAAUGUUUUGACAAUAUAUUUAGUAAUAGAGCUAUGCAGGUGAAAUGUUAUUUGCUGUAAAUAGUUUCACAACAUUUGUGUUCUUUAGAAGAGACUUUUAAAUGUCCUUGAAAGAUUGCAUGGUACAUUAUAACUACAAUUCAGUACAAAAUAUAUAGAGAAUAUAUUAGAUAUAUAUUUUGAGGGUAAGAUUAAGAUGUUUUUGAGGUUGUAAGAGAAAGAAAAGAGAGAGGGGGGCGAGAGGAAGGUUGACAGAAAUGACAGGUCUUUCUAUCACUAGCACUUGAUUUAGAAAAGUGUGCCCAGCAAUAAAAAAGAAAACAAAAGACAAACUCCUGCUAUUUAUGCUAUCCAUGGCUCAUUAGCAGUCGAGAGGCUAAGCUAAUUCCCUGGUUCCUCUCCGAGUCCUAAAGACUGUGGACUCAUUGAAUCCACACAGAGAACACAAUCUAACCCUAUCCGGAUCAACCCAUUUCCUGCUGUUACUGCUCAGUGUCUCAGCUCUCCCCCCUCUUUUUGCUUUUUUGCUUUUCCCCCCUUUCUCUCUUCCCUCUCCUUCCUCCCUGAGAAAUUGUCCAACAAACACCCCUGGCCUUGAUUGACAAACACAGCUGCCGUGCAUAAACUUGUCAUACCACAGAGACGGGAGAGAAAGACUAUCUCUCUUUCUCUCCCUUUCUCACUUCUCUCAAGUUGUAUUCUGUGCCAUCUUUUUAACCAGCAGACCUCUUUUUUUUCAAAAAUCGCUGCCUUUCUUUUCUUUUACUCCUCAGCUCUGUCACUGCAAGAGUAAUGUUUUUCACAUGUUUCAUGUUAGCUUUAUACUUUUACAUGUUCUCGCUAGCCUGUUCAAGGUGGAAUAAUCACCAACGACGACUAAAAACAACGAUUAAAGGUUUUUUUAGUCUUUCUUUUUUUCCCUUUUUCCUUAGCUACAAUGCUGUGACUUUUACACACACCAAUGUGUCGCUCAUUUGUGGGCACAAAUGUUUUAUUUCCAACCCAUACAAGAGGAAAAGUCUCAUACAGCUGGGUGAUGCUACUCCAUUCUUUUAUGCCUUUGCAAUGUCAAUGUUGAGGAUUAAGAACAAGAUCUGUGCUUUUGUUUUGUUUAGAUAUAACAAAAAGAAAAAAAAUCUCUCAUAUAAAAGGUUCCCUUUAUAGAUAUAUUUAUUUUGAAGUUCUAUUUUAUAUAGUAUUUAUUUAGAUGCCAACUUUUUGUUUGUGAAGAAAGCUUAUGUCGAAAUGGAAUGUACAUUGACAAUGGAAAUAUAUAUUGUUAAAUAUA